AAAAUGGAGUGAUCUCAAAUUGCAAAAGAUAUGGGUGCAUGACUGUGGAAGGUUGAAAAACAUAUUUUCAGUUUCUAUAGUCAAGACUACUGAAAUAAAUAUGGAAAGUCUUGAAAGCCUUGUGGUAUCAGAUUGCUCUCAACUCAGAGAAAUAGUGGACAAGGGAGAAGAUGUUGUCAUCGACAAAAGUGGUCCUGUUAAAUUCAACUUCCCUAAAUUGAGGAAAAUAGUGGGCAAGAAGGGAGAAGAUGAUGUUAUCGACAAAAGUGGUCCUGUUAAAUUCAACUUGCCUAAAUUGACUAGUGUCAAGCUUUCGGAACUAUCAAAAUUCAAGAGUUUUUAUUCAUCGGGAGCUUAUGAAUUAAGUUGUCCAGCAUUGAAUGACCUAUCUAUUCAACGUUGUGACUUGUUGGAACCAUUUGAAGAAAUCCCAUCGCAUGCAAAAACAAAGAAUGUUCUUUUUCCAGAAAAGUCUAAAACUGGAGAAGUAAAAGUAAAGGAGGUAAUCAAUAACAAGUUAAAGUCCAUGCACAUUGAAUCACGACAUGUAGUGGGGUCAUCAAUGGACUAUGACUACAGAAGGGAUAGCUUAGAAGAGCUUCAGUUGUCUCGACUGAACAAUUCUGAUAUUAUAUAUUCUUUCCUUCAUUGCAACCCUAACCUCAAGAGCUUAUGCUUGAAUCAUUGUACGUUUGAAGAAUUGAAGCCUGGUGGAACAAGAAGGCCCGCUAUUGGGGUUGUGCCAAAGUUGAAAAGCUUGACAUUAACAAACAUGUCUUAUCUUAAGAAGAUUUGCUUUGAACAAGAUGAAGUUCUUCAAAAGAUAGAGUCAUUGGUUAUAAACAGUUCAAGUUUGCACACCAUAGCACCUUGGUCUGUGUCUCUCGCUCACUUGACAAUUCUAGAAGUGGUUGGCUGUGAGGAAUUAAAAUAUGUGAUGUCACCAUCAACUGCCAAAAGUUUGGGUCAACUCAAAACCAUGAAGGUAAUCAAUUGUAAAAAUCUAGAGGAAAUUGUUACAGAGAAAACACAAGAAGAGGACCCUGAAUCUCUAAAGGAAGAGGAAACACAAGAGGACUCUGAAUCUCAAGAGGAAGAAGAAACACAAGAAGAGGACUCUGAAUCACUAGAGGAAGAGGAAACACAAGAAGAGAACUCGAAAUCUCUAGAGGAAGAGAAAACACAAGGACAAGAAGAAAAAGAAAAUGUAGGCACGGAGCUUCCCAUCAUUUUCAAACAAUUGACAACUCUUGAGCUUGUGUCAUUGGAGAGACUUAAUAGUUUCUGCAGCUCCAAGAAUUGUGCCUUUAAAUUCCCAUCACUGGAGAAUUUUAUUGUGAGUGCAUGUCCCAACAUGAAAAAUUUCUCUAAAAAUAAAGUCGAGUGUGGGCCAAAUUUGCAAAAAAUAUAUUAUGUGCAUGUCAAUGAGAAAAAGAGAUGGUGCUGGCUCGAAGACAAUAUAGAAUCUACAAUAAGAUACAUAUUUGAUAAUAAGAAAUUUUUUGAAGGCAUGAAUGAGCUAUGGGUCUCCGCUUAUGAUAAAGAUCUUGAACCAAUCUGGCGAAAUAAAGAAGGUCCCCGAAAAGAUUGGUUUUCCGGUUUAAAAACUCUGACGCUAUAUCAGUGGGAUGCAUCUAAUACGCAUGCAAUUCCGUCAAAUGUCCUCUGUUGUUUGAAGAGCUUACAAGAACUUCAAGUGGAGUGGUGCAAUACAAUAGAAAAUAUUUUUGAGAUGGAUGACACUAAGAGCUGGGAAUUAUCAUUCCAACUGAAGAAGCUAAGUUUAGAGGGACUAUCAAAUCUGAAGAGUGUGUGGCAACAUGACAAAGGAGAAAUCCUUCUAGGCUUUCAAAAUCUGCAGCAGGUCACUAUCAAACGUUGUAGUAAACUGACAAGUGUGUUUCCUACUGUCUUGGCCAGAGAUCUUAAAAAGCUCGAGGAACUCCAUGUAAGCAAUUGUGAUGAGUUGCAAGAAAUUGUUGGAAAAGAUCAAGUGGAAGCAGUGGAAGGAUCACAAAAGUUUGUGUUUCCUCGUUUAACCACACUGAGACUAUCAGAGUUGCCACAACUAAGUGACUUUAAGUCUGGAAGAUUUAGUCUGGAGUGCCCCGAGUUAAAGCAGCUGAAGCUGUUUCCGAAGCAACAACAAAACUAUCCCCAGGGCGGUAUUUCCAAGGUGGAGAAGUUGUGGCUCAUCAAUCCAAAUCACACUUUGGCGAAGCAGUUUAUGAAUAAAGGCGGCUUUCAUCAGUAUUUAAAUGAACUUUACCUUAGGUACUCUGGUUACAAUGAUGAUGGAGAGAACUCUACUUCACCAUUUGAGAUACUUGCUGAUCACAAGAUGCUUCCCAAAUUAGAGAUUAUUCAUAUAUAUGUGAACAAACAUUGCAAAACCAUGAAUAUUCCCAAAGAAGCGGGUGAGAGGAUGCUUGACUUGAAAGAAUUGAAGUUGGAGUCACUAAAUGAGCUGAACUCCAUUAGUGGGCUAGAGUACUUGUUAAAGCUGCGGCUAUUGAAGGUUUCUUAUUGUCCAAAAUGGACAACAGUAUUAGUAUUACAUUCAUACUCCAGUCUGAAAGAAUUGCGUAUAAUUCGUUGUGAUGGAUUGGAAUGUUUAUUGACAUCCUCAGCAGCAAAAAUGCUAAUACACCUUGAGGAGUUGAAAGUUGAACGGUGUGUGUCAUUGAAAGAAAUAGUGCAACAAGAAAGUGGGACAGAAGACAUUAUUGAAUUUAAGCGCCUACACACCAUAACUCUUAAAUAUUUGGCAAGCUUAAAAUGCUUUUAUUCAGGGAAUGCCACACUGCAGUUUCCCUCUUUGAUUCGGCUGGGCAUACUAGGCUGCUCCGAGAUGAAAAUUUUCUCUCAAACAGAAAUACAUGUGAAACCACCAUUAUUUCAAGUAUUUUACUCCUAUUUUGAAACUGAAAGAUUGUUCCUCGAUGAUCUAAACGUAGCUGUUGCAUGCCAGUUUCUACAAGAGCAUUAUCUUGAUCUUGGCGAUCACCCAGAGCUGAAAGAUUUAUGCCUUGAUAAAGUGCAUAUCUUAGGAAAGAGUUACUCCUUUGAUUUCGAAUUGAAACGUCUGGUAGUGAAAGGGUGUGAUGAAUUCUUUACAACCACAAUACUACAUUCUCAUUUACUUCCCUUCCUCAGUCGAUUACUAGAGUUGAAGGUGCGGGGAUGCCAUUCUGUUGAGGCCAUAUUUGAAGUCAAAGAUACACCAACAGAUAUUGUUUUUCCUUUAGAGAUAUUGAGUUUGAAGAAACUUCCAAAUCUGAGGCAUGUUUGGAACAAGGAUUCUGAAGGAAAGCUGAGUCUUCCAAAAUUGGAGAAGGUUAUUGUUGAUGAAUGUGCAAGCUUAAAAUCCUUGUUCCCAAAAUCAGUUAACAUACAGAGGUUAGAAGUGAAGAAUUGUGAGAAGUUAGUUGAAAUUGUCUCCAGAGAUGAACUAGCCAAAGAAAAAAAAGCAAAUAAACUGGUUAAUAUCUUCUCCAACCUAUCUUGUCUGAAGCUGUGGAAUUUGCCAAAUCUGAGCUACAUUUAUCAUGGAAUGGAAGUCUCUGAAAUUUCAUUAUCAAAUGCAUUACUACCAUGGCAUAUGCUACAUUCCCUUCAUAAAUUGAAAGAGUUAGUGGUUGGGACUUGUGGUUCCUUUGAGACAAUAUUUGAUGUGAAAGAUGCUCCAACAAAUGAAGAAGAUACAAACAUGAUUACUGUUAUUCCUUUGAAGACAUUGACUUUGGAACAUCUGCCAACUCUAACCCAUAUUUGGAACAAGGAUCCUAAAAGAAGUAGUCUCAGCUUUCCAUGUCUGGAGGAAGUGGUUGUGAAUGGAUGUAAAAGCCUCACAAGCUUGUUGCCAGCAUCAUUGCCUAUGUCUAACAUGAAAAAGAUAGAUGUAAAAAACUGUGAGGAAUUGGUUGAAAUUGUUACAAAAGAUGAAGCAGACAAUGAAGAAAUAAAUAAGGAGCUUAUUAUGUUCCCUAAGCUAACCUCAUUGACUCUGCACAAUUUGCCAAAUCUUACAUACAUUUAUGCUGGAAUGCAAAUUCUAAAUUUGCCCAAGUUAAGAGAGUUGGAUAUUUCUCAGUGUAAAUUUGCAACAGAUUCCACUGCAGAGGUUGUUACCCCUCACUUACAGCAACUGUCAAUAGACAAGGCAGGUGUGAUGAUGCUUGACAAAGAACUGCUUCAUUUGGACCCCCAAAACAUAACAUAUCUGACAUUGCAAGGCUUUAAUGAUAUUCAUGACUCAGAUGCCGCAUCUGCCUUUAAUUUCUUCCCAAAGAAGUUGCCACUUCCCAAUAUUCAAAUUCUUGGGGUGGCCGACAGUGCUUUCAAAGAGAUAUUCCCCUUACAAAAGCCUGAGAUUAUUCAUUCACAGCUUCUUGUUCGAGCAUUGGAGUUGACGAAUUUGCACAAGCUUGAAUCCAUUGGGUUAGAGCACACCUGGGUGGCCUCCUCUAAUCUCACAUGGCUGGAAGUUGAGGGUUGUGCAUCUUUGAAGUAUUUGUUCACUUCUUCAGCCGCCAAAUGUCUUGUUCAACUUGAAGAGUUGCACAUAUCCAACUGUGAAGCACUCGAAAGUUUAAUGGUGGAUUAUCAACCACAUGAUGUCAUCAUAUUCGAAAAGCUUGAGAAACUGUCUCUUAGCCAGAUACCAAAACUUGAGAGCUUCUACAAAGGAAAGUCAACUUUGAAUUUUCCAUCUCUGAAGGAAGUCGAGGUUACUGAAUGCAACAGAUUGGAGUACAUGUUCACAUUCUCAACUGCCAAAAGCUUGCAUAAAUUGGGGAAGAUGGAGAUUUCCAAAUGUGAGUCAUUGGAAACAGUAGUUUUGACAACACAAGAGGCAAACAAACAACAUGAAGAAGAUCUUACAUUCCCAUACCUCAAAUGUCUGACUCUUAGCGAAUUACCAAAAUUUGAAAGUUUUUUCACGGAAAACUCAUCAACUUUGAAUUUCCAAUCUCUAAAGAAAGUCGAGGUUACUAAAUGCAACAUAUUGGAGUACAUGUUCACAUUCUCAAUUGCCAAAAGCUUGCAUAAAUUGGGGAAUAUGAAGAUUUCCAAAUGUGAGUCAUUGAAAACAGUAGUAUUAGCAGAGGCAGACGAGCCACAUGAGCUCACAUUCUCAGACCUCUGUAAUCUGUCUCUAAGCGAAUCGCCAAAACUUGGAAGCUUUUUCACGGGAAAGUCAACUCUGAAAUUCCAAGGAAACUUGUACAUUGAGAUCAGUCAAUGCAAGAUCAUGGAAACUUUCUCACAUGGUGACGUGGAAGCACCUAAAUUACAGGAGGUGAUAAUAGAUGGAGUUCGUUGCUCGAUAGAUAAUCUAAAUGCUGCAGUCAGUCAUCAAUUUGAGAAACGAUGUACGCAGCAUUGAUGAGUUAAUUAGUACAAUUAUAAUUUAACAUGAAAUUUGUUGCUUGCUAAGGGAAGCUUAUUUUCAAUGCAUUUGUUACCACUUACCAGUUAGCCUUGCAAAACUAGUAGUCUAAUCAAGGAGCAAUGGACAAAUAAAUAAGGAUGGCUGGUUUUACGGGACACCAAAUGCAGCAAUUAAGAAGAUAGAAGUGGAUCCUAUCAUGGCAACCAAUAUUCAUUUCUGUUUGUGUGGUGUGGUGUGCAUGAUAUGAAUAAGUUCCCUGUAUUACUAUACAGGAAGAAGUGUGUGAUUGCCUUUUAAGUGCCAGAGCUAUAAGCUAAGUGUGUUUUAUGAAUAAAAUUAUAUCUUGUAUUUUUAUACAAGAUGUAAGGUGUGUCUAGUUAAGUUAUUGAGAGCACUAGCGUAUUUUUAAAAUGAAAGUUGAUUGUAAUAAUUUUACAAUAUUGAAGGAGUGUGGUUUAUAUUGAAGUUAUAAGAGAUUGUUUUAA